AUGGAGGGUAGCGGAGAGACUCCAGAACUUGGUCAGGGGAACCGAAAUCGAGGGACGGCAGAACUCGCCAGGGAGGUGAGAGACCUCCAAAGGAAGGUCGAGGGUAGGGGAGAUCGACCAACUGCUCGAUCUUUAUUGUCUGCCAGUCCAUUCUCUAUGAAAAUCCAAGAAUAUCGCGCGCCAAGAGACUUCAAGUGUCUGACAAUGCCUACUUACGAUGGAACGGGGGACCCCAGCGAUCACUUAGUCGGUUUCCAGGAAAAGAUGAUGGUAAUAGGGGCGGAGGACCCCAUGUACUGUCGCGCCUUUUUCUCAACCUUGGACGGGGCAGCGCAGCGCUGGUUCCUAUCCCUAACACCAGGGUCCAUCGAUCGCUUCGAAACCUUACCCGAACAAUUCCUAACCUACUUCGCAGGAUGCAUGAAAACAAAGAAGCACUUCAUGACCCUGACUGCCAUACAACAAGGAGAAACUGAGACACUAAAAGAGUUCCUAAAAAGAUGGCAGAAGGAAGUACAGGUUGUAGAAGAUCUGGACGACCGAACGGCCCUCACUUUAUUCAUGGAAGCCCUCCGGUCAGGGGAUCUGUUCACUAGUCUACGAAGGGAGACCCCCGACACGUAUGCACAGGCCGUCCAGAGGGCCAACAGAUACGCGGAAACAGAAGAAGCUUUGCAACAAAAAAUAAGGCGAGAAGCGAAACGACCCCGUGACAAAACGAGAACGCGUCCGUCGGACCGACCGACUAAACGGGAAGAAAGAUCUAACGUCAUUCGGGGGCCACCUCUCCCUCGACACAGAGCAGUCGCCACCCUCGGGGCAAGGCACGUGCACGAGGUCCAACCACCCCGACCUACAGAGAACCUACCACCACCACCCACAAAGGCGGAGGAACGGCCGGCCGCGGGAAGAGCCAGAUACUGCCGAUAUCACAGGUCCACAGGACAUUCUACCGAAGAAUACUACCCUACAAAAAGAAAUCGAGGAGCUUAUCCAGAAAAGACAAUCGACUACUCGCCCCAACCAAUGGCGAAAACUUCCAUGGGCACCAGCCCGGAACCCUCCCGGCGAACUUAG